UCUUCUCCGCCACCACCUCUCGUUUCUCAUCCACUUCAAAGAUGAGUCAGUCCAUACUAUUUAUUAAUAACCAGAAACUGAGAUUUUGUUCAAAUCUAUCGAAAUGACUCUGAAUUUACUAACUUCUCCCUCUCCAUGGCUCUCUCCCUUCCUUCCCAACUCCACUCUUAACCUUCACAGCACUCUCCUCUUCUCUCCUACUCACCUUUCUACUCCCAGAUCAACAAUCAGAGCCUCUUCGGCGAGGGAUGAACUAGACGGCGUCGCAUCAUCCAGCACUUCUUCUUUGGAGGAUAACAACGAGCUGCUUACUCGACUCUCGGGGGCCAAGGACGCUGACCAAGUGCUGGAGAUGAUGGCGGAGAAUUUGGGAAGGAGUGGAGGUUCGGUUAGUGUGUCCGAUUGUUGUUCGAUUAUUAGGGCGGCGCUUAAUCGAAAUAACCCAGAUUUGGCUCUCGCUGUUCUUCAUGCUAUGCGUUGUUCUGGUUUUUAUCAAGGCGGUGGUGGUUCGUCUGCGUUUGUUGUUGAUAGAUGGAAAUGGCCGAGGCCUGAUGUUAGGGUUUAUACAGUGAUGGUAAAGGGUCUUGCGGCAUUGUUGAGGGUUUCGGACGCGCUUGGAUUGAUUGAAGGUAUAUGCCGAGUGGGGUUAUCAACUGGUGAGGAGGUGGCAUUUGGGAAGGUCGUGAGAUGUCCAACUUGUACGAUUGCAGUUGCUGUUGCGCAACCCCAACAUGGUGUUCAGAUUGUAUCUUGUGCCAAGUGCUGCUACCAGUAUGAGCUUGUCUCUGGUGACAUAGUUACUAUUGACUCAGAAGAAAUCAGCAUGGAUGUUCCUGCUUGGAAGAGGGGGCUAAAAUUCUUGCAACUCGCAAACCAAAGCAUUCCUGCUGCUGUGCACUCCAUUGUGGUGCAGACCCCUUCUGGUAUGGCUCGCACACACCGGUUUGCUACUGAAACGGUUGAUCUCCCAGCGCAACAAGGAGAGCGGGUUUCCAUUGCUUCAGCAGCUCCAUCAACUGUUUAUAGAGAGGUGGGACCCUUCAGAUUUUCUCCAAAGGUCCCCAACUUCUAUCCUGGAGAACCAAUGUGCUUGACAAAUCACAAAGAUGGCCGUGAAGCCCUUCUACUAAGGGCCCCUCCAAAGGAUGGAAACUCUUCCUUACUUAAGCCCUCCACCCUCAUUCCACUUCUUGCUGUGCUGGCAACUGCAGAUACUGCAUCAGGAAUAAUUGAUCCUUCCUUGCCUAAAAUCCUUUCGGUUGCUGCUGUCACAUCUCUUGCAGUUGGAGCUACUUUUAAUACUUUGGUUUUGCCCCAAUUGAGUCGGCUUCCUGAGAGAUCUUUGGAUGUAAUUGCCAUGAAGCAACAGCUGUUAUCCCAAUAUGACAUGCUUCAAUCACGUAUCAAGGGUCUGAAAGAUGCGGCUGAAAAGGAGGUUUGGAUGUUGGCUCGGAUGUGCCAACUGGACAACAAAAUAUUUGCUGUAGGAGAACCUUCUUAUCGUGCUCGGAGAAGUAAAGUCAAGAGGGUGCGAGAAGGCUUGGAAAAUUCACUGAGGGGACGGAUUGAAUUGAUUGACAACUAUGCGAGAAUUUCAUCAAUGAUUGAAAUUGAGGUAGAAAUGGACUCUGAUGUUCUUGCCGCUGAAGCAGUGAGCAAUGCGGAAAGCAUUGCUGAACAAAUCCAGCAAACCAUGGAGCUGGAAAAUCUUGAUGAGAGGUGGAGACUACAAGCUGAAGCUAAUGAUGAGGCUGAAAGACUUCUUAGUUCUCAGCCGAUACCUACAGAACAGGUUUAGAGGUUGCAUUACUGAUUUUCUGAAUCCAAGAAACUUAAUCUUUGCAUUAUCGUGAUCGACACGACCAAGAGAAGAUCACACCCGUUCCUGUUUACUUUUUGGGGCAACGCUUGUUCCAGCUUAUUGAAAUUUGGUUGGAUCUAUUGAAGACUGGGACCAAUUACUCUUACCUGACUACCAGAGUCGUCGUUGUCCCAGAGAACGUUCUGAUUGUCUGUCCAUCAUUAUCUUGCUUUGAGAAGGAUUAAAUUUAUGCAUAUAUGGAAAAACAAAAUCGAAUGCACGAGAAGGGAGGUGUUUCUUCCAUCGCAGCUGAACACCAUUCCAGAAGAUCCUUAAACUGAAUGUCUAUAACAUUUAUCAUUGUAUUUACCUUAAUAUUUACAUUUGUUUAGAACAUAAAACUGCAAGUGUUGUGUAAUUGUGCAAAGAUAGGGACAUUGUUUUUUGUUUUUGUUUUUCUGGUUUUACUUCAAUUGCUGGACAUUUGAACUUUGAUAAUGUUCUUCUGUCAAGAAAGAUGACAACUU